UCCUACCACGUGACCACCACACCACCAAACUUAUUAUUGCCCAUUAUCAUAAUAAAUAUAACCACCAAAAUCACGAGACCGCUAUCAAUGAAUUACGACAAAGAUAUUCCAUACCUCGACUACGAGCGACCUAUGCAAAGGUACGUCAUGACUGUCAACAGUGCAAGAAUCUCCGUGCUGCUCCACAGCCACCUAUAAUGGCCGAUCUUCCUCCAGAGCGACUCGACGCCUUCGCUCGACCAUUCACCCAUAUUGGUGUUGAUUAUUUCGGACCGAUGGAAGUCGUUGUAGGCCGCCGAGUAGAGAAACGUUGGGGAAUGCUGGUGACAUGCUUGACUACUCGUGCAAUCCACAUAGAAGUGGUACACACAUUAAGUACCGACUCAUGCAUCAUGAGUCUCCGAAGCUGUGUGGCACGCCGAGGUACGCCUAAAACGAUUUAUAGUGACCGAGGAACCUGUUUCAUCGGUGCGAGUCGCGAGAUGAGAGAAACAGCGGCGGUAUUGAACCAUGAAAAAUUGAUGAAGGAGUUCAGCGAGACAACCUGGAAGUUCAUCCCUCCAGUUUCCCCACAUAUGGGCGGUAGCUGGGAGCGCCUGGUCGGUAUAGUUAAGCGAAAUCUUCUGGCAAUCCGCCCUCCACACAAACCGAACGAUGAGGUGCUACGCAGUCUGUUGACCGAGGUUGAGCAUACCGUCAACUCUCGACCACUGACACACGUUCCGGUCGACGACGAAUCCGCACCCGCUCUCACCCCAAAUCACUUCCUUUUGGGGUCAUCAGACGGUACUAAGCCAUUUUGCGACCUCGACGACAGUGUGGCCGCACUACGCAGAACCUGGCGAAUGUCUCAGCAGCUGGCCAACAAAUUUUGGAAACGCUGGCUCACCGACUACUUGCCAGAGAUCACCCGACGAACACGAUGGUACGAGAACACAAAGCCGAUCACAAUUGGCGACAUAGUGAUCAUCGUCGAUCCGAAAUUUCCCCGUAAUUGCUGGCCCAAGGGUAAGGUCAUCGGAACCAGCGUUAACCAGAAGGACAACCAGAUCAGAUCAGCAACCGUACGAACUGCCAAUGGAGUUUUCGAGCGUCCGGUAGCCAAGCUGGCUGUACUGGAUGUACGGCGCGAAGAACUGUAAGCCGACCAGAGGAUCGUCGUACCCGGGGGGAGUGUUGAGUACGGCCCUGCCGUACCUGCGCACCUUCCCAUCCAACACUUCUAUACACAGGUAAGGUACACAACCUGCUCCCCACGUACGUUGGAGAGAAACGUCACGGGCAGACCGAUUGUACCCAGAAGAAAAAAGAACAACUAGUGACCAUUCCCACGUUUAUUUGCUAAAUUAAGUUAGUUCCUAAAUAUUGAAUACUAAAAGCGUUUCUAAAGUGAACUCAACCCAAUUAUUAGUGAGAACCUAAUUGUAUUCCCUACAAUCUAGUGAACUAAUAAUAACCUACAAUUUGUUUACAUCUUAAUGCUACAUGCGAAGG